CGUUCUGCCAGGCGACCUGUCAAACUACGCGCACGGAUCAGCUGAUUUCAGAACGCAUCCGCACGGACACGGGGAAAGGCCAGGCGAGACCCGGAAAACAUCGCGCAUAACCUAAACUCUCCGUCGAGAUGAGAUGAGAAAAGGGCUUUUGUCCGCGUCUGUCCACCGUUGACUCGAUAUUUAUUGAAUCUCGCGCAUAAUGAACAGCGAUAAUUAGACGUAUUGCGUACAUUUGGCUUAUGCAGUUUCGUUCAAAGAGCGCGAACGAAAGUGAAGAUGGUAGACAUAAAGAGCAAUCCUCCCAUCGUUGGAGAGAAUGACUCGCAUUACGAGUCGAGGAUACGAGCGAACAGUUCUGGCACGGGAACGUCGACACCGUCGUCCUCCUCCGACUACAUGACGGGAGAGGCAGAUGACAGCUCUGACAGCAAGGGAACCAUACCGUUCAGCUUGAAAUCGGUGGAGAACAUGCUCUCAUUAUCUAAGGACGCUUCUCAGGAGGAUCUUCAAGAAAUGGUACGCAAGUGCAAAGUGAUGGUGCUGGAGAGCGCCGAGUGCUCGGACGAACGUAAAUGGCUCGUUCGACGGCUGAUCGAGUUGCGUUUGCGCGUGCAAGAGUUGCGCGAGACCUCGGACGAGAAUCUCUUCGAGACACGCGUGAUCCUCGGCCAUCAUUUCGUGCCGCAGAAGUACUACAUCACCACAUCAAGUCCGGUUUAUUGUGACCACUGCAGCGGUGCGAUCUGGACGAUGCUGCAGUCGUGGUACACGUGCAACGAUUGCAAAUUCAGCUGCCACUGGAAGUGUCUGAACAAUGUGUGUCGCGUGUGCGUGCACGUGGUCGCCAGUGAAGCCGGUGGGUACACGCAUACGAAGGAUAUUUGUCCGGAGCAAGGUCUUUCGAAGCAGGGCUACCGAUGUGCGGAAUGUAAAGUGCGAAUAACGUUCACUUUCUCGAAAGGAUUAUCGCUAUCUUGCUUCGGCAGUUCUUUUAAGAAUUCAGUUAUGCUUCUAGAAUCGGCGUGGAUAGAGCCUCGACUUUGCGACUACAGCGGUCUAUAUUACUGUCAAAGAUGUCAUUGGAACACAGCUAUGGUCAUUCCAGCGAGAGUGAUCAGAAACUGGGAUAUGGAGCCGCGUCUGGUGUCCCGCGCCGCAGCGCAGCUUCUGAUGCUCCUGGAGGAUCGUUCCGUAUUGCCGCUGGAAGAAUUAAAUCCGAAACUCUUUACCCUGGUUCCGGAUUUAUCGCUUGUAAAGCGGAUGCGAGAGGAAAUGCAGAUGAUGAAGAGGUACUUGGUUCUGUGCGUGGAAGCUUGCACUCAAGGAUUACCGUGGAAGAUUGGAUUGCGGACACACAUGAUCGAGAAUUCAGGUAAUUAUUCCAUCAAGGACCUUAUCGAUCUUCAGAGUGGCCUUCUCCUGGACGAGCUUCGUGUCGCGUACGAUACGAUGCACGCGCACAUCACGCAGCAAUGCGAGCUCUGCAAGGCAAGGGGACACCUAUGCGAGAUAUGCGGUAACGAUGAAGUCAUUUAUCCAUGGGAUGCGAGCUCGGUUAUCUGUCAGCAAUGCUCGGCAGUACAUCAUCGCGUUUGUUGGGCCAAACGCAAUCAUUGUUGUCCACGGUGCGCACGUCUGCAAAAACGUCGCGCUCUACAAGGGCAAACGGCGCAGGAUGGCGAAGACUGUGAUACGGACGAUACUGCGAAGGACUCCUAAACGAAAGUGCAAAAGUGCGAAAAGCGAGCACGUGUGGUAAAAUAUUCAUACAACCGUAUAACAAUUUUUGUACCUGUUAUCUUUUUAAGCGGAUUCACUCGAUUGUAGGCUGUAAUUUUUAUAUAUCACUAUAUAUGUUAAAGGUUGUAGCGUUUCUCUAAUUACGAAUUUAUAAAUAUAUUAUUGAAUUUUUUUUUGUAACGCGUGGUCUAAUCAGUGAUUAUAUAGGUGAUAUACGUAUAUUAACCACAUUUUUUAAAUAAUUGUGCAAACUUUGUCCCGUAAUGUACAAAAUAACACAAGCGUAGAUGUCGCGAAUGUAAAUGACAUACUCAUUCAUUAAACGCUGCGGGUUAACGAUUAAUUGUGAUGUUACUUUUACGUUUUAAAAGAAUGUUUAUUAAUAAAUCAUUUGCCACAUUUUACAUGUAAUAUUACUCUA